AAUAGAACAAAGCACUAACCACUAAGUGCAAAGUAGUUAAAUUAACAUCAGGAGGGAGAAAAUUUUGUUGAAUGACAUUUUGAAGAUAAAAGUAGGGAAAGACAUGGCUGCGUGAUACACAUUUUUAAUCUCCCCAUCUUAUCACAACUGUAAUUACGUAAUAUGUCAAGAGUUUGUGGUUAGGAGGGCGUCGCUGAUAACUGCGAUGUCAGUUUUGCGUUAGAAACCCAUCUGCAGUGUUGCAAAGUGAAGAUGUUUACUCGCGAAAAUUUUAUGAUAGGGAAUGGAGAGUUAAGUAGCAGUUCUGUGUGACAGUUUAUAAAGCCAACCGAAUAUUGGGCACGAUAACUCCUUACGUUAGUGCGUCAUUAACUUGUAUUAUGCGGUUUAACGACAAAGAGUUAGUUGAUGUUGGAACAGGACCAGCGGAAUUAGAAGGUAGACUCAAUCAUCGUCGUGCGACGACCGGCAAUUUUAAUCAAUCAGGUUUCAAAGAACGAUGGUUCAAACUGAAAUCUAACCUACUGUUUUACUUUCGGAUUAAUGAACUUGGAAAAAUUGAUUAUAAAGAGCCUUUGGGUGUCAUCAUCCUGGAAAACUCAAAUGUCCAAUAUGAACUUAGUACAGGUGUACCAUUUUCAUUUUCAUUGAUAUUUCGUGAUGAUCCAGAGAAAAAGCAUUUCUUUUCUGGCCGAUCUGAGUCCCACGUUAACCAAUGGGUAAUGGCAAUGAAACAUGCAUCGUAUGAGUACUGGAGAUCGCAGCUAAUACUGCUUCAAACUAAACUCAACAGUUUGACUGGGAAAGACCCAUUGUUGAUGUAUCCUCACAAUGAGGGUGUGAUAAGAGAUAUCCAGGCACCAGGUUCCCCACUUGCAGAAAAAAAGCUGCAUUCAAAAACUGCCAGUUUUCAGAGUCAUAUGCAAAAUGUUGGUAACAAAGCAUUAGAAACUUUCAAAAGUCAUUGUCAGGAUCUCUUUGAAAGUGACAAUGAACAAGAAAAAACUGUUCAAGAAGUACAAAAUCUAAUUGAACUAUAAGUUACGAAUAUAUUUUACCUCGUACAAUAUUUAUUUUUCAUCUGGUGACUGUAUUUAUAAGUAAGCAGAUUUUGAAUGGAGUACAAUUUCAUCAUUGCCAACAUUAUCAUUUUCAGAAGAUCUCUUGUACACUUGAUUCUCCUUCAUAGCAUUUAAGAUACAUAAUAUCAGCUGAUCUCCUGUAUUUAAUUCUUUAUGUUAAUUGCUAGGGCAGUGAUUGGUCUCAGCAUCUCUUAUACUUUAUUGUAAUUGCUAGGCAAGUUAAGCAGAGCCUGUUCAUUUUGUGAUAAAACUGAUAAAAAUGGAACAAUAAUUUUUGCCUAACAAGUUGCAUUUUACUGGAUGUAAGAAAAUAUAAAUUGUAUGUUGCAUAAGAGAAAUAUACACCCACCUGAAAUACACACCAGUUGCUAGGAAUUAAGGGCCAGGAAACUGCAAGAGGGCAGAGUAUGUUCUCUUUUUAAGAGAUUAACACCUUGGGAAAAUUGGUGAUGGCUGGCUGAGGUGGAGAUUGGAAGAGUGUCAGUGUGAGAGCUGGUGCUAACACAAUGGUGAGGUGUUCAGUAACAAAGUGCUAAAUGUUUCAGCCCUCAUUUUUUCCAAAUGGUGAAGUGAAAAUGGGAAAUAUAGCCAUCAGAUUUAUCUACAUUUUAACUGAAAGUUAUGGGGAGACAGGCAUGUAAUUGUCAGCAAUUCAGUGAAGAGCAGAAAAACAUUUGGGAAAAAGUGUGAGCAAAGGUCUGUGAUGUUAAAUUGAAGAAUGUAUUGUAUUAAGUGCACUGUACUAUUUCUGACCAAAUAAUUUAUCUGUCCUAAUAAGAAAGACAUUAAAUAUUUUCACACUUCUGUCACUAUUUGUUUUGGCAAUGAAUAACUUGGGUGAUGCUGAACAUGUGUAGAAAUUAUAUUUCAUAUAGUAUCACAAUUUUGUGUUCCUGGUAUUUAAGUGUCAGUGAGCUACCUUGUUUAGUACAAUGCUGCAUUGAAUAAGAUGAAGCAACUAGUGUCUGAAAAGUGUUCACUAACAUCACACUUGCAGAAUAUGCCUAAUAAUGAUGCAAGGAAGUUGAUGUGUUUGUUACUGUGAUAUUAAGUGAUAGUAUUCUACUUAAUAUGCCAGUUAGUAAUUGCUCAAAGAUAUCAGAUGAUGUUAAUUUUUAAACAUGGAACACCCUAUGGACAUCUUUCUAUAUUUUACAUAAUUUUCUGUAAAUUUAGUGUAAAUACAGACUUGCGGCAAAUGAAACAGAGGGAAAUUAUUUAUGUAAUGUAUUUUUGAAAUGAUAAAGUGUAGAAGUUAUAGCCUAUGAUAUUUAAAAAAUAUUUAUGAUACAGCAGUAUUAUAAGAGUUAAGCAUAGUAUAGUCAUGAUAUGAUUAGAUUUUACAUACUUAGGUCCUUACUAUUAUUGUAAGUGUACUACUCUGUACCCAUUGUGUAAUGUUAUCAUUUGAAUCGUAUUUUGGUAUUCCGAUUAUGUCUCAAGAGUGUAACCAGUAGAUUCUAGGUGAGAACAUUGAAUGAAGCUGUUGUAUUUUUGCCUGCAGUUACUUGCAUGACUAAUUUUAUAUGAUGUUAAUCAUACAAUGUAGGCUUUCAUGGACGGUGUUGUCUUCAGUUGAAACUUCCGGGCUGAGAGGCCAUGGUCGAUGUAUAAAAUUUCCACCCAACAUUUCGUCUUCAUCUGCAGGACAUACCUUCUGAGGUCGUCCAGCUAAGGCUAUGAUGUUAAUUCACGUAACCCCCCCCCCCCCCCACACACACACACACACACGCGUGUGCCCCUGGAUGGUGCCAUCUAGACUCUCCGGCAGGUGAGAUUGAGGCCAGGACAGUUAUGGGAUCGGAUAGUGUGUUGCAAGGUAAACUACCAUCUGUGCAGUUCAGAGCUUCACAGUCAGAGCCACCUGGAUCCUUCCCUCCACCACCAUCUUCUCUGAACAGCACAAAUGGGAGUUGUUGACGUGAUUCUUCCUCGAAUCCUGUAAUCAUUCUGGUCUCAAUCUCGGGGAACCCACUGUCCCCGCACCCUCCACCCCCACCUCCCAAUUCAUGGCCCCAUGUUGCCUUCAAUGUGCACCGCUUCCUGCUGGCUGCUGUAAUCAUGCCAGCCCAUACACCUGCCACCCCUCCCUCUCCACAUUCCUAACCGGCAAACUAGCCCCCUCCCUCAGAGCCAUUAUUCACCCAGUCCCAGUCCCUCUUCCUCUACCCACCCAUUACUCGCACCACAACCAGCCCACGUGCUACAAAAAAAGUUACUGUCAAUCUAGUUGGCACCAUGUUGAGGUACAACUGUGUAUGUGUGAACGUUUGUAUUUUGUUGAGGAUAACUCUGAAAGCUUCUUACUUUUGUCUGUCUGCCUAUCAACAACUCAGUGCUUCUGGUUUUUGGUGAGUGGUCUCCUUUAAUCCUAAAGUAUUUACAUUCUGCAAGAACUUUCAACAACAAGUAAUUAUCAUAGUCAUUUAAAUCAAUCUAGGAAACGCAUCCUACAGUCUCACAGUCUGCUGCUUUAAGAAAUUUGUACUAUACUAUAUCUUGUCAUGGGGUCUUCCUGUAGCAUGCAUACUUUUUCUAAGCACAUUUCCUUAAUUUCACUGUGGUAUACAGUAUCCAGUAGUAAACCAGUUUGUCUCAAACUUUUAUUCUAAGCAAAUUGUAAAUUGAACUGUCAAGUUUCAGAUGUGUAAUUUACUGUUUCUCAGUCAAAGGCUCAAGAGUCAUAAAGGAAGAAGUGAAUGAAUAAAUGUUAACUAAGCUUUAACAUUUAUGUAUGUAGAUGAAAAAGGUGUUCAACAUAACUCAAACUUAGAAACUUCAAGUAUUAUCCAAGAAGAGUACGCAAAACUAAUUCUCCAACUCUUGCCAUCUUCCACUGAUAUUGAGUAUUGUUUACCACAUUAUGUUUAGCUCCAGUUGUUUCCUCAGAUACACUUGUUUGUUGCAGAUUGAUGAAACCUACUUGAUUCACUUUUUUAAGAACCCCUCCAGUGCCGCACUAUAUUAUUUGAACUUGAAAGAAUUUAAAGGUGUUCUCUCUCAUUUGUAAUACUGUGCAACACAUGUUCUCUUACAAAAGUAUGCACCCAGGACAAUAGAGGAACACAGCAAAACAAAGUGGGAGAUAACUUAUUUAGAAAGAACAGCCACUGGAUUGCCAAUCUGCAUACUGUCAUGAGAAAAAAGUAUUCAGUGCCUUUCAAGCCUAUUUUAAGAUAUAUAAACUUUGUUAUGUAUACACAAUACAAAAAUAUUCAUAUAUUCACGUGGUAACCUGAGCUGAUAUUUUUUUCCUUUUUGGUGUUAUAGCUUCUGAGGCAACAAAAACUUAUAUUUCUCAUAAAUGUAAAUAGAUGUAUAUGUAGUCUAAAUGUCUGAUUGUGGUUUUGUGUCCCAUAUAUUUUAAUAAUAUACAAUACUUUG